GACAGUAUCUAUCCCCCAAAUCUCAGAGAAGAAGGGUCUCUAUUGUCCAAGAAUGUCAGGACAGUACAGAUAUCCCCCAAAUGUCAGAAUAGUACAGAUAUCCCCCAGAAUAGUACAGAUAUCCCCCAAAUGUCAGAAUAGUACAGAUAUCCCCCAAAUGUCAGGACGGUACAGAUAUCCCCCAAAUGUCAGGACGGUACAGAUAUCCCCCAAAUGUCAGGACGGUACAGAUAUCCCCCAAAUGUCAGGACGGUACAGAUAUCCCCCAAAUGUCAGGACGGUACAGAUAUCCCCCAAAUGUCAGGACGGUACAGAUAUCCCCCAAAUGUCAGGA